AUGGCUAAUUCUGUGGUGAUCAUCGCCCUAUUCUUAGUGGCUGUCACUAAAUUCAUCGAUUAUACAGCCAAGUACCAUUCAAAUUGGUUAAUGGCCUUAUCAUUGAAGACAAAUUCAAAAGAUACAAGAGAGUAUAAUUCAAAAUUACGUAAACAACGUCAACUCAUCGAAGAAAAUCAUUCCAUCUCAGCUCAGGAUAAUUAUGCCAAAUGGACUAAAAAUAAUAGACAGUUAGAUAAAUUGAAAAUUGAAUUAUCAGAAUUAGACUCCAAAAUUAAAUUAAAUUCCAAGAAUUUGCAUGCAAUCUUCCAUAAACUUAAAUUAAUCACUCUCACUUUACCAUUUUUCGUAUUCAAAAUAUGGAAGGGUAAAGAAAUUGUCUAUUAUUUACCAACUAACGACACAUUCCCAUAUUUGAUCUCCGGCGUAUGGAACAAUGGUUGGCUGCAUCUUGUAUUGACACCAUUGAACUAUAUAUUGGGACGUCAAACUAGUAUGUCUACAAAAGUAGGUGUCUCUUUUGGUAUCUGGAUUUGGGCUUUGACAAAUGUCAUAUCAAAUAUCGAAUCUUUAAUCAAAUUUUUACUAUUUACUGAAAAAAUUGAAGCUCCAAAAGUAACUUCUCAAAAGUGA